GCGCGCAGCCGCCUCGCGCAACUUGAGAAGCGGGGAGGCUCUGGGGUUACACCAUGCCACUGGAGGCGAUCCGCUACUCGCGGGGCUCGCUGCAGAUCCUCGACCAGCUCCUGCUGCCCCAGCAGAGCCGCUACGAGGCGGUGGGCUCCGUGCGCCAGGCCUGGGAGGCCAUCCGCGCCAUGAAGGUGCGCGGUGCCCCAGCCAUCGCACUCGUGGGUUGCCUCAGCCUCGCCGUGGAGCUGCAGGCGGGCGCCGGGGGACCCGGACUUGCCGCACUCGUGGCCUUCGUGCGCGACGCGCUAAAUUUCCUCGUCACUGCCCGACCCACGGCGGUCAACAUGGCCCGCGCCGCCCGGGACUUGGCCGACGCCGCAGCCCUGGAGGCAGAGCAGGAGGGCGCCACGGUGGAGACGGUCCGGGAGAGGGUAAUCCGCUGUGCUGAGGACAUGCUGGAGAAAGACCUCAGGGACAAUCGGAGCAUCGGGGACCUGGGAGCUCGCCACCUCCUGGACCGGGCAGCCCCUGGGGGCAGCAAGGUGACCGUACUGACUCACUGUAACACUGGUGCACUGGCCACUGCUGGCUAUGGCACAGCACUGGGUGUGAUCCGCUCUUUGCACAAGCUGGGCCGUCUGGAGCACGCCUUCUGCACAGAGACGCGGCCUUACAACCAGGGAGCCCGACUGACAGCCUUUGAGCUGGUCUAUGAGCAGAUUCCCGCCACCCUUAUUGCCGACAGCAUGGCGGCCGCUGCCAUGGCCCAUCGGGGUGUGUCAGCUGUCAUAGUGGGAGCCGAUCGUGUGGUUGCCAAUGGUGACACAGCCAACAAGGUGGGCACCUACCAGCUGGCCAUCUUAGCCAAGCACCAUGGCAUCCCCUUCUAUGUGGCUGCCCCCAGCUCCUCAUGUGACCUCCACUUAGACUCAGGCCAAGAGAUUGUCAUUGAGGAGCGCCCAGGACAGGAGCUGACCGAUGUCCACGGGGUCAGGAUUGCAGCACCUGGUAUUGGGGUUUGGAACCCUGCCUUUGAUGUCACCCCCCAUGACCUCAUCACCGGUGGCAUCAUCACGGAACUGGGUGUCUUUGCCCCUGAGGAGCUUCAGGCAGCCCUCAGCACCACCAUCUCCUGAGAGACCUGAAUGGAUCCCAGAAAUAACCAGCCAUGCUCCUAGGUUUUAUAAUAAACUUACUGAGUUAUCUGCCCAAAAGUUGAGCUGCUUCCUGGAGCAGAUCAGACAGGAACUUUUCAUGGCUCUUAAGAGCCCAGCAGCUAAAACCAGGCUACCCAAGGUCAAAUCCUAGCCCCACGAGUUUUUCUACCCUGUACUCUUGACCUAGUUACUUCACCUUUUCAGGCAUUGUUUCCUCACUUAUCAAAUGAACACUAUACAGCCUCUUUGGUUGAUGACUCUAGGGUGAAACCUAGGUGGAGGAUUUUAAAGAGGACACAGAAGGCUCUAUAAUAAAGAAAUAAUAGUACCAUACAGUAUUUGUUAAAACUCAAAAUUAAUGCAAAAGAAAAUCCACAAUGAACGAACUAUCAAGAGAGACUAGAAUGGUCUCUAAUGUGACCAGAAAUGCUUCACCUCUGAUAUCCCAAUGAAACUAUUUACAAUACCAGGUAGCUGGUCAACAGUAGUUUGAUGAUUUUCUUUUUUAAUAUUAACAUGUUAUUUUUUUAAAAAGGUUUAUUUAUACAUACAAAAACUAGGAUGGGGGGUGGAGAGGGGUGAUUGGGAGAGUGUGAGAGGAUUCACCAGAGACAGAGUGGGGAGCAGAACAUGUGGAUUGACUGAAAUACACUGCUGAGGGGAGCAGUGGGCAUGUCAGGAGAGGUCUGCUGUGCCAUGUGGGGUCAGGUCCCAGGCCAGGGAUUGAACUCUGAACUCAUGCUGCAGUGGCUGCGGGUUGCUUCAUAGUGCUGAGACUUAACCCCUUGUGCCACCAGGGAGGGCCUAAUAUUAACAUGUUGGGUUUUAUUUUUUAAGAUUUAUUUAUUAAUGCAUACAAGAGCUGGGCACAGUCCAGAGGUGUGGGGGGUGAGAGGAUUCACCAGAGACAGAGUGGGGAACAGAACAGGCAGACUGACUGAAAUACACUGCUGUGGGGAGCAUCAGGCGAGACAGGAGAGAUCCGCUUUUCCAUGUGGGUUGCUCUUUGGCGGGCCUGGGAUCAAACUCAUGCUGGAGAGGCUUCAAAUUGUUUCAUAGUGUGGUGCUUAACCCCAUGCGCCACCAGGGAGGCCCUAACAUGAUAUUUUUAAGUGUUGGAAAUGCUGCUUACCUUCAUUACUGAAGGCUUGGGGACUCCUUAAAUUUGGGCAAGGGAGCCUCACUUGGUCCCUAGUCCUAGUCUGAAUUUUUUGUCUAAAAAGGAGCAUAACAUAGUAUGAUUUUUGUUGUUGCUGUUACAAAACAAGCACCCGGUAAGUGUUAAUCGGUAUACCCUUGGAAAUGUUUGCGAAAGGCCGUCCAUCACUUUUGUGCGGAAUGGUUCUUUAACUCUAU